GUCCUCUGCCAGUCUGCAUUGCCUUUUUUUUCUUCUUUUUGGCUUAAAAUAAAGCUUCAGAAUCUUCUUUUCCUUCCUCCACACUUAUUCUCUCCCUACAUAAAGCAAACAUUCUCUUUACACCUCAAAAUCAUAAUUUUGUCUUAAAGAAACAGAGUUUUCUUCUAAUAAACAGUAAAGGGCUUCAGAUCACAAACUCAAAUCUCAGAUUAUAGCAGGAAUCCAUAAGCUUUGCACGAAUGGGUGACAAGAACGAAACUUUACUGAACAAGAGCAAGAGCAAGGAAAUAGAACGAACAAUAUCAAACUCAUACGACGAAUUACGCAGUUUCAGAACAUGGUUAAAAUGGAUGUGUGUGGAUCAAUCUGACCCGUAUUCAGCUUGUCUUUCAUGGUUCGUCUUCGUAUUAUUCGCCAUUAUCGUACCUUGCCUUUCGCAUUUUCUUCUGGCUUGUAGAGAUUGUGAUGCUACACACAGUAGACCGUACGAUGCUGUUGUGCAGCUGUCGCUUAGCUGUGUUGCUGCUCUGUCAUUUGUUUGUCUUUCACGGUUUGUUAAGAAGUAUGGAUUGAGGAGGUUUUUGUUCCUUGAUAAGCUUUGUGAUGAGAGUGAAACAGUUAGAAGAGGCUACACUGAACAACUCAAUAGCUCACUAAAGAUCCUAUUCACAUUUGUCCUGCCAUGUUUUGCUGCUGAAUGCGCGUACAAGAUUUGGUGGUACAGUUCCGGUGGGACCCGAAUUCCCUUCUUGGGAAAUGUCAUUGUGAGUGACACAGUUGCAUGUAUUCUAGAGCUGAGUUCUUGGCUUUACAGGACGGUCGUGUUCUUCCUAGUCUGUAUCCUUUUCCGGUUGAUAUGUUACCUCCAAAUCCUCCGACUACAAGAUUUUGCGCAGUUCUUUCAUGUAGAUUCGGAUGUUGAAUCGGUGUUGAGAGAGCACCUUAGAAUUAGGAGGCACUUGAGGAUUAUUAGCCAUAGGUACCGGUCUUUCAUCUUGUGGGCAUUGAUGUUCAUUACAGCAAGUCAAUUCGCGUCCCUUCUCAUGACCACACGCUCUACUGCAGAUCUUCAUAUCUACAAAAGUGGUGAACUCGCGCUUUGCUCUGUCAGCCUUCUUGCUGGUCUCAUGAUACUGUUGCGAAGUGCAACCAGAAUUACACACAAGGCUCAAUCUGUAACCUGCCUUGCAGCCAAGUGGCAUGUGUGCGCAACAAUAGAUUCAUUUGAUUCGACUGAGGCUGGGACUCCAAUUACUCGAGUGACCUGUGAUCAAGUUUUCCCUGUAUGUUCCGGAGGAUCAUCUGACGCUGAUGAUGUCGGAGAUGAAGAAGACGAGUUGGAUAAUACGAAUUUUGUCCCUGCAUAUGCCUAUAGCACAAUUUCAUUCCAGAAAAGACAGGCACUAGUGACAUAUUUUGAGAACAACAGAGCAGGAGUAACAAUUUAUGGAUUCAUGCUGGAUAGAAGUUCUAUUCACACAAUAUUUGGGCUAGAACUUUCAUUGGUGCUCUGGUUGCUUGGGAAAACCAUUGGCAUUUCUUGAAUCAUUAGCUACACAUUAUGUUGCUCGGACUCUCCAAGAAUGUUGUCGCACCCGUGAUGGAUCCUCUAAAACUGCACUACUUUUGAAGGAUCUGACACGCAUUAGUUGAUAUUCUUGAAGAGUCCGAGCAACAUACACAGUCGAAAGCGGACUUUUUGACUUGUGCAAUUGUUGGAGUUUAAAGAUAUCAUAUAAGAGAAAGAUGGCGGAAGUUAACCAAACACAAUUUACAAGUUUCUCAGUCCUUUUCCUCCGGUGCCUCUUGUUCAUUCUGCUUCAUUUCAUCAUUUUGUUGUGUUAUUCUGUUCAUAGGUCCGAGCCCUUCUUAGAAGACGAGCAUAUGCAUAGAUCUAUUUAUUGAUCUUACUUUUGUAUCAUUUCUGAUAUCAUAUUCUUUCUUUCUUUUAUUUGUAUUUUUGCUAGCUAAAUAACUUAUCAGGAUGAGUUGUAGUUCUGAUGCCACCUAUUUGAGGAAAUGUUGUUAUGCCAUGUUACUUCUGGAUUUUGUGUAUGCAAA